UGCUCGGCUUCGACCACGGGCCGCGGCGAUAGUCGGCUGUCCAGUGCGGAGAUGGAGAUCCUGCACCAACUCCCCAUACGAAGCAGCCGUUCGGCUCUUGACGGAAAUGAGCAAUCUCCCCACAAAGAUUCGCCAAGUCAGACCAGUUUCCUGCUCAAAUGGGAAGCUUGGUGCCGGUCAGGGGUCCCAUUCCCUCGUCCUGCAGAUCCUGGCCGCUCUUGCCUCGCACCCCUCAGCCUACAGCGCAACUCGCAUGUGCUUGUUAGGCAGGCCGUUUUAAGAUAAAAAGCUGGGGCCGCCGCUGUCGUCGCCGCGGAUGUGCCGCUUUCUCCACAGUUAUAUUGACUGAAUUGCAGCGACACACCAUGGCUGAAUACACAUCCGAAGCAGACGUCGAGCUCGCCUACACCACCCUCCAGUCCACCUUCGCGUCUGGAAAGACGAAGGAAAUCGCCUGGCGAAAAUGGCAGCUCAAGCAGAUCUGGUGGUUGCUUGAGGACAACGAGGCCCUGAUCCAGGAGGCCCUGAAGAAGGAUAUGAACCGGCACCCGUUCGAGACGACCUUCACGGAAAUCGGCAACGUCAAGACCGACCUGAUCGAGCACCUGGGGAGCAUCGACAAGUGGACUGCUGACCAGAAGCCCAAUGCGGGGGCGCUGGGGUUCCUGCUCAGGCCGACGGUGCGCCCUGAGCCGUUGGGCGUGGCGCUGAUUAUUGGGCCUUGGAAUUUCCCCUUCUCUCUUCUUCUCCAGCCGUUGAUUGCGGCCCUUACGGCAGGCUGUGCGGUUCUGCUGAAGCCGUCUGAGGUCACGGCGAAUACGCAGCAGUUGUUUGUGGACCUUAUUCCGAAGUACCUUGAUACCAGCGCUGUGCGCGUUGUUACCGGGGGAGCUGCGGAGACUGGCGCGUUGCUGCAGCGCAAGUAUGAUCACAUCUUCUUUACUGGCUCUGUGCCAGUUGCCCGUCACAUUGCUGCUGCUGCCGCGAAGCAUCUCACCCCGACUGUGCUGGAGUUGGGAGGCCAGUGUCCGGCUAUUGUGACCAGCUCGGCAGAUGUUGAGGCUGCAGCGAGGGAUAUCGCCUGGAUCAAGUACCUUAAUGCUGGCCAGAUUUGCCUCUCUGUUAACCACGUCUUCGCUCACCCGUCUGUGGAGAAGAAGCUCAUUGAGCGGAUGACCUUCUGGCUAAAUAAGUACAACAAGGGUUCCGACAUGACGCAUAUUGUGAACGACAAGAACUACGCCCGUCUUACUGGGCUUGCGGAAAAGACUGAGGGCACUGUUCAACACAGCGGAGAGGCUGAUGCCAAAACGAGAAACCUGCCUCCUCAAAUUGUUAGCAAUGUAAAGCUGACGGAUUCUCUUCUGUCGGAGGAGCUGUUUGGCACGAUCUGUCCUGUUGUUACAGGCUCAACCCAGGACGCCAUCAACUCGAUUAACAGUCUCCCCCGUCCUCUUGCUCUCUACGUCUUUGGCAGCGAUCAGAAAGAAAUCGAUCAUGUGAUCAACUCGACACUCUCUGGCGGUGUCUGCGUCAACGGCGUGCUCGUGCACGUCAUGGUCCCCGGCGCCCCGUUUGGUGGUGUCGGCGACUCCGGCCACGGCGCAUACCACGGCGACUACGGCUUCAAAUCCUUCACGCACUACCGCACGAUCGCGCGCCCACGCCCGCUGUUCUUUAAGGCCACAAACUUCCUGCGCCCGCCGUACUCAGUGGAUAAUAUCAAGAAGCUAGGCGUGCGCAACAGCGCGGGGAUGCAGCGCAACUGGAGUCUGGAGAAGGAGCGGGCAGCAGUUAAACGAGGUCUGGUCAUCGCAAAAUCCCUACGCCUUGCCAAGUUCCUGGCGUACUUUGUUGUUUUUCUUGGAUUGGCUGAUGUUGGCUUAGAUCGGCGUCUAGGGAUCUUCAAGCCCGUGAGGGAUUUCCUUGUUGGACUGAAGUCGUUCUUUUAGUCGCUACAUAUGAAGUGCUAUAUAAUACGGUUAUGUGGUUAUCCACCGCUCGGGCUGCCGUGCUCGUUUUCCUAUGUAAAUGCUGAGGCUGAAGAAGUUUGAUAAGAUAUCCACGAUUGCUUUGUUACUAAUUAUGUACCGUACUUGCUAUUACCAUUCUCCACUCUAUUUAAAGUUGAUAUUGCCGGCAGUAGUUGUUCUGACGCCG